UUGGUGGUGGUGGAGGAACAUUUGAGCGCUGGCUUAUUACUUUGGCUUAUUAUAAACGCGCUGCUGUUUGCCUUCAUAUUGGGUGGCAAUAUUCUAACGAUUAUUGCUGUGCGCACUUGUCGCAAUCUACGCUCGGUUAUAUCCAAUUUGUUUAUACUAUCGCUGGCUGUAUCCGAUUUCAUAGUGGGCAUUGCUCUGCCCUAUCAUGUGGUCUUCUAUAUGGGCAUUGGCCUGCAGCUGGGCAGGCUACGCGCCUAUUGCCUGCUGCGUUUCUUUCUAUUCAUUUGCGCCUGUUGUGUGUCCAUACUGACGCUCAUCUCCAUAGCCAUCGAUCGUUAUAUUGCGGUUAUGUAUGCGCUGCACUAUCGUCGUUACAUGACGCGUCGCAUGGCCUAUUUAAUCAUCAGCGGCAAUUGGUGCGUGGGCGCUUUGGUGGCGCUUAUACCAAUUUUUUGGAAUAAAUGGACUGAGGCGCAGGGCUGCGAGUUCGAUGAGGUGCUGCUGCCCUGGUAUGUGGCUGGCAUCAUUACGCCCGGCUUCAUUGUCAUCUGGCUAUGCAUGUUGGUCUUCUAUUGGCGCAUUAUGCGCGAGGCAUCGAAGCAGGCGCAGCGCCUGCAGCAGUCGGUUGUGUACAAUGCCAACUCGAGCGGCCGGAGCAUGCUGCAUCCGGAUUGGAAGAGCGUGCAGAUUGUUGUGUUCAUCAUGGGCUGCUUUACGCUCUGCUGGCUGCCGUACUUUGGCGUUGCAAUUGCGCAGCUGCUGCGCGCCUGUCGCAGCAACUCGAUGAUUUACAAAAUUGCCUUCUCGCUGGCCAUUGCCAAUUCGGCGCUCAAUCCCAUUAUUUACUCAUGGAAGAAUGCCGGGUUUAGACGCGCCUUUGCCCAGACGCUUUGCUGCAAGUCCGCGCGCUGCUGUCGCGUCGAUGUGGAGCAGCCGCUGCCCGCCGAGUGUGUAGUGAAGCAGCAACGCAAUGAAUAUGACCGCAAGCAGCUCAACAUAGCAGCAGCAGCAACUCAAUAA